UUAUUCAUGAAUGAUGCGGUCAAAAAACAAACGAUCAGUUCGUCAUAUUUCUUCUGGUAAAACGAUAUUUUAAUAGAUUUCUGAUAUUCGCUCCGUUGUACUUGGAAUAAAAAGGGGAUUGUGAAAUUGAUACUUAAAAGACAACAAUGGAUCCAUUGAAAGCCAAAGCAAAUUAUUCCAGAGUAUGUCAUUUGUUGGUAGAUAAAGCUACAAAUGCUUUGAGAAAUUCUUUGCAUGCGGUGCAUCCACCUUCCACCUUAGCUUCCGUAUUGAAUGCCAACAGAGCGACCUUGCAGAGAAUACGAUACAGUGUAAUUAAAGCCUCACAAUGGGAUCUACUCUUUCCAAAAUCUGGUUCACCAGAUUCAAACAACUUUGAUAUCACCCUAUUGACUGUCCUGCUCCGAAAUAUUUGUGGAUUGUCUGCACCAGCCACCGGAUGGAAUGUGAUGCCUCCAGUCAACGAUACUUCUAUAUCUGCAAAUAUUUUAAGAAUCAAAAUGUUUAGAAAUGAAGUCUAUGGUCAUAUUCCGACUGCUGGUUUGGACGACGUAACGUUUGAAACAUUGUGGCAAGAAAUUUCUGUUCCGUUAGUCAACUUGGGAAUUCCUCAAAAUGAUAUCGAUGAAUUAAAGGUGGCUCCUCUUAGCCCUGAAGAAGAAAGUUAUAUUGAAAGAUUAAAAGAAUGGAAACAACAAGAGGAUGAUUUUAAAAGUGAAGUAGUCAAACUAAGAAAGACGGUUGAAAAUGUUCAUCUCUCCCAUGUCGAGCAACUGGCUAAAUUUAACUUUGCUGGAAAGAUUCGUGACCUUUGUAGAAAAUUUCAAGAUGGCACUAGAAAGUGGUUGUUUGAUAAACUUUCAAGUUGGUUUGGGAGUGAAGAAUCCAGGGUCUUGAUCCUAACUGCAGGUCCAGGCGUUGGAAAAAGUGUUUUGUCUGCAAAGCUUUGCGAGCUUUUUAGAGAACGUGGUCAACUCGCAGCUCACCAUUUCUGUGACUUUCGAAAUUCUGAUUACAGCAAUGCACAGAGAAUCCUCCAGUCUUUUGCCAGUCAAAUGUGUGAUAAUGUUGAAGGAUUUCGUGAUAAACUUACUGAAAUUCUUCGUCGUGAACAUUCUCGUGACUCGCUGUCAGACGCAUUUCGUGUUCUUUUGAACGAUCCCCUCAAUGCCCUUGACAGACACGACCCAAUGUUGAUCAUCGUUGAUGCUUUGGACGAGAGCAAAACUGACGAGAAAAGCGAAUUAUUGGAGUUGAUAUCUGAGAAAUUUUGUGAACUGCCAGAUUGGAUUAAGAUAUUCAUUUCAAGUCGACCAGAGGUACAAGUACGAAAGGUUCUUGAACAUCUUCACCCGUGGGAAGUCCGUCCUGAUGACAAAGAUCACAACCACGACAUAGAGCUUUUUGUUCGUUACAGUUUACCUAAUCUUGAUGAUAAUAGUAUAAGGUCAGUUAUUUCAAAGUGUGAGGGAUCGUUUUUGUACGCUUAUUACUUGGUCAGUGAAUUGAAAGAAAAGGGCGUGGGAAUUGAACCCGUCCUAAGUGAUUACAUCUCAAACGGUAUUUCGGGAUAUUACGAAAACCAGUUCAAACGUUUAGAAACAGGCCUCCAAAUUUCAAGCAAGAUGCUUCAUGUCUCUUAAACUGUUUUAUCAAUGUU